GUCAAGCGGGCGUGAGCCCUCAACCCCUUCGUGAAGGGGAAAAGAAAGCAGAAGUGUCACGGAUGUGCUUUGCCUCCUAACUGCGCGCAAAACUCGUUGCUGCUUGGGCAGCUGUAUCUUAUGAACAGACGGGCCUACAGAAGCGAUGAAUCCCGAGGAGCAAACCGUAACGUGGCUAAUAUCAUUAGGAGUACUGAAUUCCCCUAAAAAGAACAUUGCCGAUCCAGAAGAAUUUCUGAAAUCGUGUCUGAGAGAUGGGGUCGUCUUGUGUAAGCUCACAGAACGGCUUCUACCCGGAACGAACCCAAAGUACUGCCCAGAUCCCAGAAACGAGUCAGACUGUAUUGCCAACAUUCGGGAGUUUUUAAAAGGAUGUUCUACUUUGAAAAUUGAGGGCUUUGAUCCAGAGGACCUGUAUACAGGGGAGAAUUUUGGCAAAGUCCUGAACACACUUUUGGCAGUGAAUAUCGCCACUCAGGAUCGAGGCACGGAGCGGUCAUGUUCCCAGUCUAGCGGAUCAGCAAGCAGCCAGUUCCCGUCCACACACACACAGUCCGCCUCCAGGUCCAGGUCCCUGCGCAGACAAUCGAAGCCAGCAGUGGAAAUGGCUGAGAAUGGGGGCAGUGGAGGAGGAGGAGGAGGAGGCGGCGGCGGCGGCGGCGGCGGAGGUGGAGGAAAUGGUCAGCUGAUGGUAAAGGCCCGCUUCAACUUCAAGCAGAACAACGAGGACGAGCUGUCGUUCAACAAGGGCGAGCUCAUCCACGUGACGCGGCAGGAGGAGGGUGGCUGGUGGGAGGGCACCCUCAACGGCAGGACCGGCUGGUUCCCCAGCAACUACGUGCGCGAGAUCAAGCCCUGUGACAAACCAGUCUCCCCCAAGGCUGUAAAGGGGUUUGACGUGCCUCAGCUAACCAAGAACUACUACAGCGUGGUGGUGCAGGACAUCCUGGAGCACGAGCGGGAGUUUGUGAAGGAGCUGCAGACGGUGCUCAGCUGCUACCUGAGGCCCCUACAGGCCAGCGACAAGCUGUCCAGUGCAGACAGUGCCACCCUUAUCGGGAACCUGGAGGAUAUCCUUAGCUUUCAACAAGGACUCUGCGUGGCCCUGGAAGAGUGCACCAAGGUUCCAGAGGGCCAGCAACGACUGGGCGCCUGCUAUCUCAACCUCAUGUGCCAGAUCCGCACGUUCUACCUGUCCUACUGCUCCAGCCACCCCUCCGCUGUCUGUGUGCUCACUGAUCACAGUGAGGAGCUGGACAAGUUCAUGGAGAGCCAGGGGGCCAGCAGCCCAGGUAUUCUGACCCUGACCACCAGCCUCAGCAAGCCCUUCAUGAGGCUGGACAAGUACCCCACCCUGCUGCAGGAGUUGGAGAGACACGUGGAGGAAGCCCAUCCUGACUACAGUGACAUCCUGAAAGCAAACACUGCCUUCAAGAACCUCGUGAUGCAGUGUCAGGACCUGCGUAAGCGCAAGAACCUGGAGCUGCAGAUCCUGUCGGAGCCGGUGCGGGGCUGGGACGGCGACAGCAUGAAGUCCCUGGGCCAGGUGUCCUACAUGUCCCAGGUGCAGGUGCAGAGUGGCACCAGCGAGGACAAGGAGGAGCGCUACUUCAUGCUCUUCCCAAACGUGUUGGUCAUGCUCUCCGCCAGCCCCCGCAUGAGUGGCUUCAUCUACCAGGGAAGAAUGGCAUUAUCCAACACAACAGUAUCCAAACAGCUCGAGGAUGCAGAAAACGGCGUCUUCACAUUUGAGAUCGCAGGGGGCGGUGUGGAGCGCACCACAGUGUUCUGCAGCAGCCCGCAGGAGCUACAGGAAUGGUUGGAGCACCUGCACACCUUCACCAAAGGCGGAAGCCCGGUUGGCACUAUUAAGAAGGCUGGGGAAGGUAAGCCCAUGAGUAUGGUAGGGACCCCAACGCACCAAAGCCACAUGCAGACCUUCAGCACUCCCGUGGCCAAUCGAGGGCCCCUCGAGCCCCCCAAAGUCCCCAAGCCCUGGUCCCUCAGCUGCCUCAGGCCUGCACCCCCCCUCAAGCCUUCGGCUGCCCUCGGCUACAAAGAGAGGAUGUCUUAUAUCCUGAAGGACUCCAGUAAGAGCCCGCGGCCUAUGAAGAAAUUCCUCCCCAAGAGGAAGGAGAGAAAGCAGUCCGAUGAUGAAUUCUCGCUCCGCAAAAGCACAGUAGCUCUAGAGGAGGACGCUCAGAUCUUGAAGGUGAUAGAAGCGUACUGCACCGGGGCCAGCCUUCAGCAGACCACCGCAGCUGUUCGGAAAGGGAGUAUCCCACAGGUUCUACUGCCAGAUGAAGAGAAGAUCAUAGUGGAGGAGAUGAAGAGCAAUGGACAGACGGUGACAGAGGAGAAAAGCCUUGUUGAUGCUGUGUAUGCACUGAAGGACGAGGUCCAUGAACUGAAAAAGGAGAGUAAGUUGAUGAAGCAGCAUCUGGAGGAGGAGCAGAAGUUGCGCAGGGACUUGGAGCGGAUGGUGCGCAAACUGGCCAAGCAGAAGAACGAUUUCGCCUGGGACGACUCUGGCCACUAAGGAAUGUUACGCGUGUCAUCAGCAUUUCAGCAGAUUCAACCUGUGUGUGUGUGUGUGUGUGUGUGUGUGUGUGUGUGUGUGUGUGUGUGUGUGUGUGUGUGUGUGUGUGUGUGUGUGUGUGUGUGUGUGUGUGUGAGAGAAUUCUGUCUAUGUGAGUCUGAACAUUUCAUAUAUUACUUUCUUCAGUCCAGUACCAUGCUGCCAGAUGAGAAGAAUGCUUUGGCUUUGAGGACAGAUAUUUGGAACAGGCCAAUGGUUACGCAUGUAUAGCAAUGGCUAUUUACGACUGAGAAUCUUUCCUAACUCUGUAUUUUGUCUGGCAAUCAAGUCCUGUUGAGAACAGUAGGUAAGACAUUGAUUGAAAACGGUGCAAGUGCUAGAGGAAAUGCGAAAGGGUCCAAGAUGGAGAACACAGUGGAGGCCUAAGAGAAAGCCAGCCGUACUGGAAUGGAGCAGUUCUUACAGGGCUGCUCCAGUAGGACCCCAGUUUGGACACCUCAGAGGAUUCUUCGUUUUCUUGUGCUGGACUAUCUGAUUUUUUUUUUCAUGCCCCUUGCUGGAACAAUCCCAAUGUGCUACUUGCUGGACAUGGCAUCGUUGAGGUAAGAGUUGGCCAAACAGCAAACCGGCUAACUCAACAGUUCCAUGCAAGUUGUGUGCACUGUGAUCAUCCUGGUGAGUGGAGGGCUCCGUAAAGCACUUCUACUGAAGGAAGAGAAAAAGCCAUCCUAGAUCUAACAUGGGGUCUUCAUGCAUGCUCACUUCCUAGCCAGGAGAUGGACAAAAUGCUUUAGCCAUAUAGUGUUCUUGCUGUCCACUUUUGUCUAUUACCUUUUGCUUUGUACAAAAGGAAUGUUUGAGAGUAGGAGUGUGCGUGUGCGCGCAUGUCUUUGUGUGGGUGUGGUUGGUUUGGUUUUCUCUUUUGAAAGGACACAUCAACACUCGGAUGAGUAAGAUGAACUAUUAUGUAUACAGACUUUUUUUUAUUGCACAUUGUUGACAUAAGAUGACUGGCCAUCUUGAAAUUGAGAGAGAAUCAAAUUGUUGGAGUGAAUGUGAAUAGGUGAACCCCAUAACUAUCGACAGAAACAAAACAUCUAGCUCCAUGUGAAAUGAGUUUCCCCAGAGUUAUAAGCAGAGGGUUCUAAAUGGGCUAUUUGAGGGCAAGCAUGGAUGUACAGUAUUUCUAUGGUAUGCAUACCAUAUUAGCUGUUAGCUAAUAGGUCAAUCUCACAUGAGUGAUCAUGUAGUCCAAAACCAUCAGGGAUAAUAAUAAUAAUAUUAAGUUCAUAAGAAAUGGUGAUAUAGGAAAUCUAAUACUAUUCUGGCUUAUAGAUCUAAAAUAUAUAUAAAUAUAUAUGUAUAUCAUAUAUACAUGGAAAUUAUAGAUAUUAUGGCAGUAGCUAUAUACUUUCUUACUGAAAAUGACUAUACAUACAAGCAUUUGUAGCCGCUAGUACGAUUUUUAAAAGGCAUAUUUAUUUUUAAUGAAUCUCUGUUUGUUGAAAAUGGUGUGUAUGGUACUGGAAAACCACACCAGCUUCCCCCUAAACAAGCUUGUGUUUCUUUGUUCCCGCUUUCCCUUCUGUUGAGAUUCCUGUUGUGGUUGCACUGCUUCCACCGAUAUCGCUGUGAAAGAGAAGUGUCUGUGUUGUGAGGAAUUGAUGAGUUUUACCUGAAAUAAGGAAAUGGUUUGUGUACACUACUGUUCAACUCUUGGGAACACCUAAAUCAUUGUUUUUUAAAGAGAUACUAUAGGGUACUAGGGUAUGCUAGCGUGAAUGCUAUAAUUAAGAUGCCAAAAACUUCCGAAAUUGUCUUAAUGUUGUAUUACAAGUAUCUCGGUGG